CGUAUCAUUCCUCAACCGAUGUUUAACGUGGCCAGUUCAUGUACAAUCUUUUUAGUGCACUACUUUAAUUGUGUAAUAUAGUGUAGUAAUACAAUGUAGUGUAUUUCGUGUUAUUUUAGUGCUUAAUUUUGUGUGAUAACUGAAUGAUUUGUUGGACUACCCGUUAAUUAGUAGUUUACAAUUAGCGUAAGAGGUCUAGUGGAAAAUACAAUAAAAGAAGAUCAUAAUGGUCAUCCAAGUAGCUCAGCAUAACCCAAACCCGGAUAUCAACUCAAAGCAAUGCAAAUGAGCACAAAAUGAAGAGUUGGGUGGUGAUCUGGUCGCUGUUGGCGACGCAACUGGUCCGGCAACCAACGGCGGACGUCCGCGUGUCCGGCGGCUGGCUGCGCGGCCAGGUCGCGAGAGAUGGCUCACACUUGAGAUACACGGGAAUACCGUAUGCUACAUACGAAAAUAGAUUUCAGACUUCACACUCCAACGUAUCAUGGGAAGGAGUAUUAGAUGCAAUAGAAGAACAUAUAAGAUGCUCCCAACGAUUUACAGAGACUAUGAUAUUAGGCACAGAAGACUGCCUCACACUGAAUAUCUAUACACCGUUACAAACAGGAAAGAAAUUGAAACCUGUCAUGGUGUACAUCCAUGGCGGAGGCUUUAGAGAUGGCUCCGGAUCCCCAUUUCUAUACGGACCAGAGUAUUUAGUAAAGCAUGACGUGAUACUCGUCACUUUUAAUUACCGACUAGAAAUUCUAGGAUUCUUGUGUCUGGGAAUCAAGGAAGCGCCAGGAAACGUUGGACUUAAAGAUCAAGUGCAAGCUCUGAAUUGGGUAAAGAACAAUAUCAGAGUAUUCGGAGGAGAUCCCGACGAUGUAACGCUGUUCGGAGAAAGCGCGGGGUCCGCAUCAGUGCUGUACCACGUAGUGUCGCCGAUGUCUAAGGGGCUGUUCCAAAGAGCAAUCAUGCAGAGCGGAUCUGCCAUUUCUCCGUGGAGUUUACAAUUCGAACCCAUCAAAACAGCGAAACUGUUAGCUAACCAAAUGGGUUACAAUUUAUCUGAUCCUUAUAAACUUUAUGAGUUAUUUAAAAAUAAACCUGUCAAGGAACUUUUAAGCACGCGGGUGCCAAGGAAUGGGGGGGAUGUAGUGCUGUCGGAGAAUAUCUUCGUUCCUUGUAUUGAGAAGACAAUUCCUGGUACUGAUCAAUUCUUACCCGACUCCCCUUACAAUUUAAUAACAAAAGGCACUUACAGUAAACUUCCAAUAGUAAUCGGAUACAACAAUGCAGAAGGUUAUAUGUUUGUUGGUAAAGAAAAUGAUACAACAAUAAGUAAUUUCAAUACCUAUGGUUCACUUCCAAGAGAUUUACUUUUUCAUACAGAUUUGGAGAAAAAGGAAACGGCGGAAGAAUUUAAAAAACUUUAUUUUAAUAAAGAUGAUAAAGGCAAAGAUAUGCUGAUGAAAUUAUCUAAAUACGAAGGCGAUGCAGGCAUCGUGUACCCUGUUACUAUGACAGCUGAACUUUUAGCAAAAGCCAUGGAUCAUCCCGUAUACAUGUAUAAAUUCUGUCGCGAUGGACGGAUGAAUUUGAUUAAAACAUUCUUCAGAUUCGGUAAUUACCCUGGAGCUACACAUGCUGAUGACUUAUUCUAUAUUUUCAAAUUCGCUGUGACUCUGCCUCACUCAUUUUUAGAAAAGAACAUGAUAAAUAUAAUGACAACCAUGUGGACGAAUUUCGCUAAAUAUGGACUACCUACUCCAGGCGAAACACAACUAAUUGCAAUCAAGUGGCAUCCACUAGAUGUAAAGAAACCGGAACUACUCGUUAUAGAUCAAGAGUUUUCAACAGAACCGCUUUGGAAAGACUCUGACCUACGGUUUUGGAAUAAAACCUACACUAAGUAUCGGAGAAAAACUUAAACUUACGGAAAUUAUUUGAAGUAGUUAAAAUUAAAUCCCUACACAUUA